AGAUACAGUUCUACACACCUGAGAGCAUCAUUCAUCUGUGCACAGAAAUAAGGGAAAUCGGCCAAAAUGUGCUGCAAAGGUUUUCUCAAAACUAUGAUGUUCAUCUUCAACGGUGUCAUCUUUUUGGCAGGUGCUGCGAUAUUGGCAGUAGGAAUCUGGGUGAGUGUCGACCGAUUGUCCCUUCUGGGAUUUUUAGAGAAUAUUGAAGAUGCGCCUCCUGAGCUGGCACAGCUGGCCAACAUCGGCUACGUGUUGAUCGGAGUGGGCACGUUCCUGGCUCUCGUGGGUUUCCUGGGAUGUUGUGGAGCGAUUCAGGAGAGCAGGUGUAUGCUCCUCUCUUUCUUCAUCAUCGUGCUCAUCAUUUUCAUCGUCGAGGUGGCAGCAGCUGUAGUACUCUUCGUCUUUCAGCCAGUGGCUCAGAAAUUACUGCAGGAACUUGGACAGCAAGUUGCUAAAAGCAUCAGGGAUAAUUAUGGAAAAGAUGACAGUUUCACUGGAGUCUGGAAUAGCACUAUGAAUGAGCUGGAAUGCUGUGGAUAUAACAACUACACUGAUUUCAUGGGCUCUCCGUUUGUUAGUACAUCAUCACUAUAUCCAGAGACAUGCUGCACAGGGAAUAUUACACACUGUGAUGAAAAUGCAGCGGACAUGUCGAACGCAGUGGGCUGUUUCAAUGCUUUAGUGAGUCUGGUUGAGGAAAAUGCUAUUUUGCUGGCAGGCGUGGCCAUUGGAAUUGCCGCUUUAGAGAUUGCAGCAAUGAUUGUUUCUAUGGUCCUCUACAAGAAUGUAGGAAAAUGAUUAAAGACUGAAAGCAGCAGCAGACGCUAAUGGAAACAUGAAAGUUUACUGUGCUCGGGAUGCUGUUUGAAUCAAUAGGCUGCAGUAUGAAGACAGCAGCCAUUUGCACAAAAACAUUGUGUUCUUUUUAAAAUGAUUUAUUAUUUUACUAAGAAUAUUUUUCAAGUUUUGUGCUUAACUACAGGGCAAGAUAUGAAGAUAAUUAGAAACAGCUCUGGGGAUCACAGAAAGAAUAGAUUUCAAAUGAUUAUUUAUUAAUGUAUGUGUAUAUAUGAGCAUUCUGUUUAAAAAUAUAUCUGAUUCCUUUUAAUAUCUGUAUGUGUGGGUAUGGUAAAAUAACAGUGUCCUUUUUCUAACUUGGUCAGUUAUGUCCUUAAAAUUGACGGACCCAAGAAGUGGAGAGCUAUUGACCUUUAAUCAGACUCAAUAAUCACUGAGACCAUGCCUUCAACUGACGGACUGCACCUGGAAUUAACACACCAAGAUACUGAACAUGAAACUCAUCUAUACCCAUGUAUUAAUGUACCUAAGAAGACAUGUUUAUGUCUAAAAAUCCAGACCUAAAUAAAUAACACAUUAAAACAGCAUGCAAGCAUACCGAGGUGGAAAACGGCAACAGUGUAGAUAUCAGUCGGAAGAAAAACAUUUCACUGGGCGUUGGGGGUGAUGGCAGAUGUUUUCAGAUGGUUAGGGUAGGGUUAUUGUCUCUUCAAUGAUAUGCACUGUAUAAAGCUAUCAAAAAGCUCCAAGAUCAUGUCUCAUUUUCCACAACUUUGUUUUUGUAUACUGAAACUUCUUGGAAAUAUAUUUUCUCAAAAACACUUUAAACCACUGUGCAACCCCUUGAAGAGACUGUACGUCUCUCCCUCACAGCAUCAAAGAUGCCGCUGCUGUGAAUAAGGUCUAUAGGUGUGUCUCAAUCAGCUCCCUACCUCCCCAUGUUUUGAAUCAGUAUAUCGUGAACACAAAUUCGGGCACUGGUGAACAUUGGGACACUUAUGACUCAAAUACUUGCGACACGAUAAGAGCUCGUGGAUUCAAGUGCAUAUCGCUGUAUAAAUGACACUAUCGUUCAUUUUCGUUGAAGAUAUUCAAACGUACAGUGUCAUUAUGAAAGAUGUGACAUUAAAUGAAGAAAUAAAAAUAUAAAGGAGUGUAUUUUAAACCUCCUUUUAACAAUUUAAAUAUUUAUAAGAUUGUUUGCUAUUCAUGAUCAUCACGGGGCUCAUUCUAUACUUUAGGGUACAUUAAAUGUCCAUUGAUGAUAAUUAUAUAUUUUUCUAACCAUUUUCUUCAGAAAUAUCCCAUUUUUCCAUUAAGGAAAAGCAUGUUAUAAUAUCACACAAAUAUUUUGUGCACCCCAUGUUUCAUUUUGCUUGAAAUUGCCAUGAUGUUUCUUAAUUGACAGUUUUUUAAGUGAGUGGGUCUUCAGUCCAAAAUAAUGAAUAAGUGUUAAAGUCAACAUUAUCUAUAUUUUAUUUCUUUUUAAAUUCUAAACACUUCAGAAAAAUAGUAUAUUUUAGAUUGAGUUUGACAUUUUAAUAAAGAAAAUAUCUUAUUUUACUCAUGUCCACAAAAGUUCUGUC